AUGGUCGACGGAUCCUUCUCGCUAGCCGAAUUGGCAAAGGGCACACCUAAUCCAACGGAUGAAGCUGCUGAAGUCUGGGCUCAAUUGAUUGGUGCCAAGAGAGGUGCCAUUGACUUUUAUCGACUCAAUACAACGGUACCAUCGUCUGCGGGGGAACAGACGGGCGCCAAAUUCAACGCCAAAAUGCGAGCGGAUUGUCUCGUGCCUUACCACGGACUACCCACUCCUACAAACUCCCCAGUCGUGAGCAACGAUUAUCUCGAAGGGACCUCGUGGACACCACCCUCACCUGUCACUGCAUGCCUACCCCUAGAAGAGCCCCUAGAAGAAGCGGACGCCAUUGCUCAGGCCAUUAAGCGCCCAUUGCUGGCCCGUGCACCAUAG